CCAACCAUAGACUCUGGAUCUGCUCUCAACAAAGCAACAAAUGGCCGUUGACCAUGAGUAGCGAUGAAUCAGAACGAACCGUCCUGGUGAAACAGGAGGACGACUCCCUCAGACCGAAAAGGAAAAAAACAAACAGAGCAUGCAACCAUUGUCAUAAGGCUCAUAUGACAUGUGACUCAGGAAGACCAUGUAAACGAUGCAUACAAAGAGGACUCGACAAGACAUGCGAAGAUGCCCGUAGAAAACGGAAGAAGUAUUUGGCCGAUGUGCCCAACACGGCACUAUUGCCCAAUCGGCUACAGCAGGCGGAAACAUACGAUGGAACGAACGCAUCUCCAACAGAAUCUGGUAGAUCCAUCAUGUAUCAGGCUACUACGUUUCAGCACAGUUCUACAGUACCGAUAAGUUAUACCAACAGCAUUAAUGAUGACAUUUAUUCUUUGGGAUUCUCGAAGAGCCAUAAUAGUUUUCUUCCCAGGAACCAGAAUCAGACACAACCUCUUGCACGUUCACAACUGACAUUUUCACAAAAACAACUGACACUUCCACAAACGCAUUCAAAUCUUUCACUGAGCAGAAGGACCAAUUUCUUAUCUUCGGCAGCUGAUCUCGAGUACUCGACAUUAUCGAGCAUUCUCCAGGACAACUUUAUGCAUGGAAACCAUUCAACAUCCAACGAAGGAACGCCUAAUUCAAUCACAUUAUCACCGGCUCUAUCUCCGCAUGCAUUGACGACUACCGUAUCGUCAAAUACAAACACCGGCACUGCAACCAGAAAUAUGACAACUCCUGACGACUUAAAUUAUACUAGUAAACGUAACAAACCGUAUGUAGCUGGAUCUUCGCAGACUCCAUCACCACAAGACCAGCUCAGCAAUGGUUCUAUGGAGGCUAAGGCUAGAAUAUCGAACGCCAGUGCCAGCAUAUAUGACCACCAACGGUAUCCCAAAUGUGACGAGUCUAUCAAUCAGUACUUUCUUGGGCCCACAGAGUCCGAUCAGGUACUGAUGUUUCCUGACGUAAUCACUGCUAUAGAGACAAUGAAGGCUAGUGAUCCAUCUGUUUUCUACGAGCGGAACUCGAAGCUGGCGCUUUCAUUUACAAUCGGGAUUGUACCUGACGAUAAUCACUACACAAAGAACCACGACUCUGUAGAGAACGAGUCUUUCUAUAAGGAGCCCGAGGAAAUUUAUGCCAAGGUGAAGAAACCAUUCUCCUACACUCCAGGCUACCACUCGUUAAUUGCAUAUUUGAGAAAGAGAUUUAACAAGCCCAUGUUGGUGAAGAUGGCCGAGUCGAUGGCCGCUUAUAGACCUUCCUUCAUUGCCUGUACCAAUUCAUUGAAGGAGGGAGACUUGAUUUUCAUGGAACAGUGUUUCCAGAGAACAUUGUUGACCUACGACAACUUCAUCCGGGUUAGUGGAACCCCUACCAUAGUGUGGAGAAGAACGGGAGAGAUUGCUUAUGUGGGUAAUGAGUUUUGCAUUUUGACAGGCUGGUCCAAGGAAGAACUCCUUGGUAAACAAAGAAAGUUCAUUGUUGAGUUGUUGGAUGACAAGUCUGUUCUAGAGUAUUUCCAGUUGUUUCUGAGAAUAGCAUUUGGCGAUUUCUUGGGAGCCACCAUGACCGAGUGCACCCUUCUCACGCCCAAGACUGACGUCAAAAUACGGACAGGCUGUAUGUGGACACUCAAGAGAGACGUUUUUGGCAUUCCGAUGAUGAUUGUAGGGAACUUCCUUCCAAUAUUGUAGGAUUUCCCUGUGUAUUACAUAUGUACUAUUUAGUCUAAUAUCAAGAAGACUUUGUAAGAAAGUACAAUUAUGCAA